CUUGUGAAUGUUGUAAAUUGUAAGGAAACAGCUGUAUACGUAUGUAUAUUAUUGUUAUGUAUUCAUUUGAAAGACGCAACCUAAACUCAUAUAUAUGUAUGUACAUACAUACUUACAUGUGCUAGCGGUGCGACUUUUUUCACUUUACAUAUAAAAACGCAAACCUUCAAAAAGGCUACCCAGAACUAAACCCCAAACCAUGCCGUCAUGGCAUUUCGUCGCUUUGGUAAAUCCCUACUCUAUGGCUUGCCACUAGGCAUCACGUUCCUCGAUUGUGUUGGAUAUGUGGCUAGAGUUGAUGGCACUUCUAUGCAACCCGCUCUUAAUCCGGUGGCAGAAGAACGCGAUUAUGUAUUCCUUUUGCGCUGGGGUAUCCACAACAGUGUAGUGGAACGUGGCGAUAUAAUCUCCCUAAUAUCACCCAAGGAUCCUGGACAAAAGAUAAUCAAACGCGUUGUGGGCAUGCAAGGAGAUGUCGUAUCCACUCUUGGUUACAAACAUGAAAUUGUUCGUGUACCCGAUGGCCAUUGCUGGGUUGAAGGUGAUCACACGGGCUACUCUUUGGAUAGCAACACUUUCGGUCCAGUUGCAUUAGGUCUGAUGUCCGCCCGGGCUGUAGCUAUCGUUUGGCCACCGGAACGUUGGAGGAUAUUGAAGAAUGAGUUGCCCCGACGAAGGCGACCCGUACAGGUGGCCAAAGCCAACUACUACAACUAGGCACAAAGACUGAAAAAGACAAAGCUGUUGGUAGCCACUAAGUAGUCACAUACAUACAUACACUGUUUGUACAUAUAUAU